AUGGAAGACUUGGGAGUAGUUUCCAAGGCCGUAGAGACGGUCAUGAGUGCCUGUUUCAAGGGUAGCGUGGCUGAUCUCCGUGCCGCCGUACGACAGUUACUCUCUGUGGACUCUCCAAAGGAUCACAUACCUCCAGAAGCUUCUGAAUCGCAUGAUGAUGGCACUUUCAAUUGUUUAGAGCUGUCUACAUUGGAGUCGCUGCGCGAUGCUAAACAACAUAGUGUCGCCCAUAUCGCUUCCGCUGGAGGCAACUUGGACGUUUUACAAUGCCUUUUGACAGCUUUACCAGCAUUGGCAUACUUCGAAGACGAAAAUGGAGAGAAUGCUCUUUUUUAUGCGAUCCGUGCUGCCACCGGUCGAGGUGAAUCAGGUGUUAAUAACUCAAACUUCUUGUCCUGUGUCCUGUUGCUUCUGGGACACUGCGGACCUGACUGCGUGAGCAAGAGCGGUGCCAGCGCACUGCAUAUAGCAGCAGAACUGGGAGCACUUGAGGUAUGCCGUCUGCUAGUUGAGAACCAUGCAACUGUCAAUGUUUAUUCGGAAUACGGCACCCCUCUGACUGUUGCUGUGAUACGGGGUUACAUCGAUAUCAUUGAGUUCUUAUUAUCGCAUGGUGCUAAUCCUGAUGGGCUACCUGAUGCUGAAGAUAAUGACGAGGACGUUGUAAAAUGCCGCUUCCCUCCUCCAUUGGUAUUUGCGUGUAGCACUGGUCAGGAACACGUUUUCGACCUGUUGCUUUCAGCUGGCGCUAGCGUUUCGGUAUGCGAUGCUGACGGUUGGACCCCUUUACACUGCGCUGCUGAAUCGGGUUCAGUGUCUAUAGUAAAGAAGCUGUUGGAUCGUAACGCGGAUUGCAACGUUAAGGUACAGGGGAAAACUCCCUAUCACCUUGCUGUGUGGAACGGCCACAGCACGGUUGCAGCUUUACUUCGUGAUCUUACUACGGAUUUGGGUCCCGUUGAUGUAUGCGAUAGUCCCGCACCGACUGCAGAAGAGCCUGAAAUUUUAUAUAACAACUGCGAAACGGAGUUUCGAGGCACCCGUGAGGAGCUUGACCUUUUGGUAAACAAUCUUCGGGAGGAGGGCCGUUUACUAGUGUGUAACAAAGAUUACACCAAGGCUUGUGAGGUAUAUUCUCGUGCGAUUGCAUUAAUGUCUGGUGCCACGGACUCGUCGAGUGAAACAUUAUCUAUAUUAUACUCUAAUCGCAGUCAUACUCACCUGAUGACAAAGAAGCUGGAUCUAGCACGUACCGACGCCGAAAAGUGCAUCGCGCUUAACCCAUCAUGGCCAAAGGGUUACUUCCGUCUUGCUGGAGUCCAUAAAGCAUCUGACAAUCAGGUGGACUACCUGCACUGCUUGUUCCAGGCUUAUUCACAUGACCCGAGCAAUACUGGCCUACGUGACCUGUUCCAGCGUGAGUUUGAACGUUCGCGUAGCGCUUCCGCUUCACGUUAA